UGUUUUUUCUGGAACUUAGGGCCAGCAUUGCGAUAGCGAAGACACACUGGAACAUUGAGGGAAAACUACCUAAUCUUGACUUCAUUUGAUUAUAUUUUUACUAAAACACAACACUGGUACUUUGAAUAAAUCAGAAUGAAGAUAUACUUUUUACUCAUUUUAAAUGUUGUUGGGGCUCUUGCAGGUAACAAAAACAGUACUACUUCAAUGCCGACUCCAACACCCACUUCAUCAACUGUGCAUCCAACACCCACUUCAUCAAACCCGACACCCACUUCAGGGCCAAAUUCAACAACACAUACUAGCAAAAUUUUCCAUUCAACUUCUUUAAUAACUUCACCAUCAACAUUAACAAUGCCGUCAUCAGUUUCCAUUCAUGCAAGCUCACAUUAUACCUCAGCUUUGCCAACUUCAAGUGCUGCUCCAACCCACCAACCUACUACAACUCCUAAACCAGACUCGCAUGUGAAUUUAACUCUUGCUGAUAAUGGCACUGAUUGCUUAAAAGUUGAAGGUGAUAUUUGGAUCGUUGUUGAGUAUAUGGAAGUGAAGACUAAGGUGUCACAGAAGUUCAAUUUAAAUAAUGUUAACGUACCAAAGAUUACCGGAAAGUGCUCUAAAAAUUUAUUCAAUGAAACCCAAUCUGCAUUUAUUAACGCAGUCUGGAAAGGCAACCUUGGUGCUGGAAAUGCCUCACAUCCAUCAAUGACAUUGAUGCUUAAAUUUUCCGGUGGCAGCUCUUGGCAUAUGAGCCAGGUGGAAGUGACCAUCAAUAAUCCAAAUAAAACGUAUUUAAACACUAGUAUAAAUUCCCUCAAAGGAUCUGUAAAUCUUAACUUGAACAAAAACGAUCCGUAUUUUCAAGCUGAGAAAGAUAAAGCGUACUCUUGUUCAACCGACAAAAUGAUUAAAUUAAACGGGACACACUCAUACAACAUUACUGUUGAUUUCAAGAAGGUGACGAUUCAACCAUUCCCUGGAAACGUAUCAACUCAAGUGUGCUCUGCUAAAACAAAAGAACCGGAACCGAACAGUAUUGUCCCCAUUGCUGUUGGAUGCGCGUUGGCUGGUCUCAUUGUCAUCGUGUUAAUUGCGUAUUUGAUUGGUCGAAGAAAAGGUAGCAAUCGUGGAUACCAGCAAGUGUAAAAACUUACUACUACAGGAAACUCUUUGAAGUGUUACGUAAACUGGCUUAUCAAGGGGAAAAAAGGACCAAAAAUAUAUGAGCCCUUUUUGUAUAAAAAAAAUAACCAUGGGAAAUAUUUUUAUUAUCGAUAAGUUUUUGACACUGACGAGGUCUUUUGGCAAAUUCUUUUUCAAAAAUUCUUGGAAAACGCUUUUUUGGUAAUUUGACGAUUCUUUCCAGGUAAUUAUAAGCCAUUUAUGUUUUGUUGUUUUGUAUCAUAAAGUUAAUUUUUUUUUCUUUUUUUUAAUGUAAUUUUAUAGAAUUCUAGAGUUGUUCAGACGAAUAUGUAAGUUUCUGUGUUGUGACCACACUAAAAAACUGUUUGAUAUAAACUGGUGUAACCAUCGACUGACUGAGACCUUACGGUUUCGUUUAAGCUUGUUGUCGGUACGAAAAUCUUGUACGUAAAUAAAGGGUUUGCUCUCUAUCUUUUUGUUGUGCCAGUUUAUAUAAACAGCUACUUAAUAUUAAUCGUCACUGUUUUUUCACGUGAUAAAAAAAUAUUUGAAAAAUUA